AUGACGGUGUUGCAACAGAUCCUAAAUAACCUCCAGCUGAAAGUGUUUAUUGAGAAUCAUGUUCUUUCUACCACUGAAAAAGUGACAUGUAAUCCUUCUCACGUUCGUUCGAUUUGUUUAGGAAGUAGAAAAGAGUCCCAGCUCAUUCAUGUUGCCAAUGCCACCACCAAUCCGGCGUUGAAUGCACAAAAGUCAGACUGCUUAAUUGUUACCAUUACAAAAGUCUUACCAGAAGCCAUGAAACUGGUCACAUCUCUUCCCGACGAGUUUCAUGUAAACUCGUUGCAUGAAUGGAGUAUGGAGUGUAUGGUGUGGGAUAAGAGUGAACCAUUAAUCACAUCUCAAAACUUUUUCAAUGCAAACACCAACCAAUUAGUAUUACCUUCUGUUGAAAAUGAUUUGUUCAAGCAGAAUAAUUCUGCAGCCUGCUAUAUGGAUGUGUUGAAUUCUUCUACUGUGAUUCAAAAGGAUCCCUUGUCCAUGAUCUUUGCCUCUCAAAAGAUAUGGUCGUGCCUGCAUUCUCCACUCAAAAGAUCUGUCUGA